AUGGUCACGACACCGACCUUCUCGCAGUUGGGCCUGGGACCACCAGAGCAAUCUCUCGGAGUCCCAGCCGAACUUAAGACCUGCCCUAUGCCCCAGGCUAUUAAUAAGAUGUCUGACACACAACAAGAGCAAGAGGAAAGGGAAAUUUCUCCUGAAACUUCCGGUCGUUCAUCCUUCUCUUCUGUUCGCGAGAACGAUUCGGAUCUUGCUCAGACCUUUACUAGCACCAAGGUGUCUUCAUACUCUCGCGAACCGGAGGAGGACGCCGUGGAGGAUUUGCCGUCACCUUUUGACAUGGCCACCGUCACCGAGACACAGUUCAGACCACCACUUACGCGGCCAGACAGCAGGUUGCUCGGCAGCUGGCUUCCCGCCGUCGCUGCCGAUGGUUUUCAGGGUUGGAAGCAAAUCGACGUGAGAGGCAAGCCGGCAAGCAGGAGCUAUGGCGAUUUGCAAGCCUUGAGAAUAGUAUGGUCGUCGCCGGACGCUCCCACCAAGGCCAAGCAACCAGUCUUUGGUCAAUCAGCCAUUGAGACCUUGCCGCUCGAGCUACUCGGCACUAUUAUUGAUCAUCUCAUCCUCGAUGUUCCGCCCAAUGGACUCACGGCACGAAACGUAGAUCUCAUGUCGCUGUUGGUUGCGUCCAAGACAUUGCAUACAGCCACAUUGAAUGCGCUUUACAGGAACAUCACAAUUCCUCACUCCAGGAUCUUCCGCAAGUUCCUCAACCACAUUUCAUCCAACCAGGAGCUUGGCACUAUUGUGCGGCGGCUGGAUUUCAGCCACUUCAACCCGCAAACACUCUUCUUGACAGCAACUGAACGUGCUUCAACUCAGAACCUGACACCUGAGACGCUGCUAAGAUGCCUUGAGCUUACACCUUACUUGAGAGAGUUCUUGGCCCAAGAGUACAUAGAUGAUGAGAUUGAUGUGAGCGUUCUCAAGAAGGUCUUCUUUGGACUCGAGAGGCUGCAAGCUGCGGAUUUUACCGGCUGCUCCUCAGCUUCUUUCCGGGACCAUAUGAUCUCGUUGGUGUCCGAUGAAUUGCCUGUCUCCAUCUCCAUGUCGCGGCUGUCUUUGCACAAGUGUAUUAAUUUGCCCGCCGAGGUGUUCUCUACUCUACUUCCAAAGCUGGCCCACUUGACUCAUUUGGACGUUGCUGGCACCCGCAUCACCGACGAGGCACUGCUAUCCAUUCCACCCACGGCCAGGCUCUCGCACUUGAACCUUGCCAAGUGCAAGCAGCUCACAGCCGGAGCUGUUAUUGAUUUCAUUGCCCACCAUCCCGCUGCCAAGGAGCUCGUAUUCCUGAGCUUGGGUGCCGAUGCCAGAAGCCAUCAGCUUUUGGACUGCGAUGACAUUACUGCCCUGAUCCCCAUUCUACCAUCUACCCUGCGCUCGCUGAGCCUCAAGGGUAGCAAGAUGGAGGAGAAGCAUAUAGACAUGCUUCGACCUCUAUCCAAACAUCUCGAGGAGCUGGCUCUGGGUCGCAGACUUAAGCUUAGUGACGUUGAGCGCCUGUUCAGACCAGACGAGAACGAUGACGACCUGAGCAUGGAGAUUGAUUGGGUGCCACAUACCCUCAAGUACAUUGACGUUUCUGACUAUCUUGGCACAGAGUUGGAUCUCAACUCCCUGCUUAACAGAAAAACUUCAAUUCUCGAGAAGUACUCGGCACCCCUCGAAGUCGUCGAAAUUGGCGACGACGUGUACAAGCGCUUGUCCAAGUCGCCGAGCGUGGAGAAGAGUGGCUGGACAGUCACCGAGUUUGGAAACAGGGCCUGGAUGGUACGAAAGCACCAACUCGAGGACGGCCCAAGAGACUCUGGCAUGCGCUCCUGGAAAUGGGGUGCCUCGUUCUGGGGCAUGCGCAAGAUUCCCGUCGCCAAACAGGAGGUUGGCGGCAUGUACGGCUCUUAUAUGUUCAAGCGAAAGCUUUGA